AUGCCUACCGUUCUCAGCAAGCCAGUCCUGGCUGGGGGCUCUCUCAAUCCUCGUCCAUGGGCGCCCGAGAAAAGAAACCAGGCUACGUCCGAAGCAAACCAGGUCAUGUUGGCAGCACCCCUCGAGAUUCCGGGCCAUGAUACCCCUGGUGAUAAUCGACCAUUCAACAGCCAUGAGACUCCUGAUGAUGAGCCUCAAUUGACCGAUAUUCAGUUGAGAAUGCUCAGAGCAAAGAAACAUCUGCAAGAAUUCCACGACCAUAUCACGAAACUUCGGUCUGCACAGGACGAGCGGCUAUCUAUGGGGGAAGCAUCAUUGAUUGGGACGCCCUACUUUGAUGAGGCUCGCGCAAUCAGACAAUCGCUUGAAAUGAUCCGCGCAACUAAAAUCAUCGCUGAGCAAUUUUUGACAAGCAUGCCCGACUCACUAAAGCCUCCUCCACUCACACUUGAUGCCGAUAAAGAACAGAACCUUCGGGUCAUGAAUGGUCAGAUGAAACUGCAAAUUCACAAUUGGCGGAGUCCCAAGCCAGGUUUUGUUAUGAGAAACAAUCCUCAGGGUAAUCCCAAGACCGGAUUGGAUGGGGUGAUUGAGGAAAAUGGGUUUGCAGAGGUAGAUUUCCAGAUGCCUCUCGAUUUCCCAGGUGGAAUGUCUGGCUUUUUGGGCGUGCUCAAAUCGUUGUUCAUCAGUCCGAAGAUGAUUGGGAUCACUCAAAUGGAGGCUGGCUCCGCAGUCGCCAAUCAAGAGUCGAGAAACACCAAAAAAGCGCACUACCAUAUCAAAUGGACGACUCCGUGGGAAAACACAGGCUGUCGGGUGAGCUGGAUGAAGGAGAAGGAGAAAUCUUCGGAUGUGAAGUUCAAGUUUGUGAACAUGCAGAAUGCAAGCCCGGAGGAGCAGGUGCUUGUUACUUUUGAUGAGCGUGAUAAGUAUUAUCAGAGCAUUUCUCAAAAGGACCCUAAUCUUUGCGGCAAAUGGAUGGCAAUGCCGGUCAGGAUCUGGCUUCACACGCAAGCGAUAGUAUCCCAGUAUGGGCCGGUUGAGAACACUCUUUUCAACAAGCUGUCUGCCCAUGAUAAUGUCACCAGCAUUGCCAAAAAGAAGAAUAAAGGCAGGAGCCGAAGGUCACGAAAGAAGUCAUCGAAGAAUUCCACGUGCAAAGCAAACGAAGAACCUGAGGCACCCGAAGAACUGGAGGCACAGGAGGAGUGUGACGCAGCAAAAGACAAUAUCAGCGAGAUCACAGAAGUUGACUCUGCCGCCGUGUUAAAUCCAGAGCAACCAACUUCCGGGGAGGUAGACGAUUCGGUGCCUAUGGGUCAGCAAGGGAAUCUGACCAAAGAGCCUCCAACCCUCACGAUUGACACCGAAAGAAGCAACAAGCGAUGGAAACACAAGCGCAACUCUAGAUCUGAUGGUACAACGGAAGUGAAGGAUACACAUCAGCUCACUCAUCGACGUGGCAACUCGCUCCACGGGUUGAAUACAAACAUCCCCUUCAAGAGUCUCUUGGCUGAGUUUGUGCCCUUUUCUGAUCAACAUCACACGUUAAAUUCCUCCUCACCCAUUCUUUCUGGUUCCUUGCAAGAUUCAGCCUCCUCCUUUGAGACAGCCCGAUCUCAGCUCACCCCUCUUACCUCCCUCCCAUCAUCCACUCCUUCCCAGUUCUUCACACCCAUGAGCGCCCAGCGUGAGAACAACAAAGAGCACCCUGAGGCGUGGAAGGACAAACUGGAGCCAGAAGAGCCUCCAAGCCAACGGUCUCCCAUUCCGCCAAAGAAGGAUUUGGUUGAGCUUCGGCGUCUUGCCUUGAACACAACAAGCGAGCUGUAUUUUUCUGACCCCGAAGACUAUAUCACCGACAGCAAGGCCCUGAAAGUGAUACGUCCUCGCAAAGACUCCGCCGAUGCAAUCAGACUAGGACUCUUUGAGGGCCUCCAGAAAAAUACAGUCUCGUCUCCCAUGGCCGACCCUCCAUUGACCUCUCACACUUCUUGUGACCAGGCUACAACAGACAGCAACAGCACCGAGCUUGUGACGGAACGGCCCAUUUCUCAAGCCACCGUCCAAGAUCCCAACCAAGCUCGAGUCGAAGCUAGAGCCAAAAAUAAGAAGACCGUGUACAAGAAAAGGAAGUCUGAGCGACGGAAGCGCAAGGAUUGUCAGCGACGCGAGGAAACUCGUGACGAAGCCCUUGAUGACAUCCUUGAUACAAUUCCUGAGCACCCAUCUUCCGAAACUUCCUCUAGUCAUGGAGUGGAAGGCCACAAUCCGUCUCCCCGCGAGGCGUCUAAUGAAGAAGAACAAACUCCCAAAGCCAUGCAGCAUGGCGAUAUCGGUGCCCCAUCCUCCCAGAUGGUCUUAGACCUGACGACACUCGCUGUCCCUUGUGCUAAGCCAGACUGCAGUGCCAUCUGUGGAUUCAAGGAUGGAGUAUCCGUUAUCUGCCCAAAGUGCGGGCCGUACUCAAUGACCCGCUACUGCGGCAAGAUCCAUCUUUGGGAGGAUGUCAAGGCACACUGGGCUGAAUGUUCAACCCACCCAAUCGAACAGCCGUGCUUGACAAGUUCGAUUUCGGCAGACGCUCUCGUGGGUCCACCACUACUGCCCUGCCUCCAUCAAUGGGAUACCCCUGCGCGUCACCGCCAGGCGGUGUGGUUCAGUUCCGCUAGCGAGCGAGGUGACUACUUCAUCUUCGCGGACUGGACCGACCAGAUGGGGGCUGGGGACGAUCCAGCCAGUCACAUGCGGCUGCGAUGUUCACCUCAAGUUGCACUCACUGUGCGCUUCGAGGACGCCGAAGAGAAGGACCGGUUCCGCCGGUGCUUGGCAAUUUGUCUCUUCGCGGCGGUUGAACAUCCAGCCCUUGUGGACUACCUGUACCGGCUUAUCCGGGACUGGAUGCGUGCUCACAGUUCGUGGGCCAGUGAAAACGACGUGGACGGCAUGCUCUGCGACCAAAUGUCGCGCGAGAUGGGUGGCAACAUUCAUCCCGCUCGCGUUGGGUUGCGACAUGCUUGCGAGACGGAGUGGGUUGGCGCCAACCGACGCCACUGCGAGGAUCCGACCUGCGCAACUGAGCGCCCACCAGUGUUGCUCGGUAACCAGGGUGUGGGGUUGGGCUUCCGGAGAGUGUGCGAAUACCUCGAAUCCAAGUAUUGGAUUCUGAGGGCACACCGGGCCACCCAUCCUUCGGUGAGCGACGUGGGAGCUCGGACGUGCGGUGGAGGUUUCUCGGAGGUCCUGACUGUGGACCGGCGGUUCUUCCGCCGUGGUGAAGGUUGGGACGGGGCGGGAACGGGCCCCUUGGAGCUGGAGUGGCCGUAA